GGUGGUGAUCAGCUAUGGCCAGACGAUAUGUAUAUAUAAAUGGAUGCAUGGCGUUGUUGAUCGAGGCCAUCCCAGCUCAUACUCAUCUUCAGUCACUCAUAUCAAUAUUCAUCUUCAAACAACAUGGCUUAUAUUAUUGAGAAACAGGCGAUCCUUGUAGCGACAGACUCCAAAUGUCCUGCUGGCUCCAGCUCCAGCAACCAAGAGGUCAACAAUUCCGAAGUAUUCCCUCCUCCCUCCUACGACCAGGCGACGAGCGAAGUGGACUCGUCAACGAGCUAUCCAGCGGAGAAGGAAUCCCGGAACGUCAUAAUCUUCGAUGGAGACAACAAGCGAUCGCAUCGACGAGGGUCCAGCAGCAGCUGCUCAUCAGACUCGGGGGAGUCCGUAAACUUUGAGGAAUACUACCAAGACGUGAGUUUUCCUUCUCGACAGACCAUCGGGGUGGUGCCAACGGUAGCAGUUUCGUCAACAACAGCUAGCUACUGGAUCAGCCCCUGCCCCAAUGGCGCCGGCUUGUGCGAGUGCAGCGCCAGCCAUGGGACUACGAAGUCUCAUCCCAGCUCGCCAAGGAGGAUUCGGACUCGGUGGACGUGGACCUAUAGGACUCGUCACUGGUCUCGUCGGAGAAGUCCUCGGUGGCGCGACGCAAAUCGUAGGGGGAGUAACUGGCGGCUCAGCUCGUCUGGUGGGAGGCGUGGUCGGCGGAGUUACUGGAACAGCAACGAGAGGGAUCGGAGCUGUUCUCAAUGGUGGAAAGAGCCUUGGCGGACAGACUGGACAAUUCGUCAAUCGUCCAGAGGGAGUCUACGACCCAACCAUGGCUUCACGAUAUCAAAGUGGCCCGGGAGUCUAUGGUCAGUUGAGCGAGCGCGAUGCUCGUCGAGCUGCAAGAGAGAACCGGAAAAUGCAGAAGAGGCUGCACAGGCAUCAGAAGAGGGAGCUGAGGGCACAUCAGAGAUUUGAGAGAGAGAUGAUGCGUUAGGUUUGCAGAGCGGCUCAAAGAGUCAUCUCAGAUGAUGUGCGCCAUUCGCCUUUUAUGUAUACACUAGACUCCUGC